GUGGAUAAUAUUUAUUAUGUGUAUUCUUAUCUGUUUGUGAUGUUAAAUUUGGCUCUGUCAUUCUCUCUCUUUUGAUGUGGUUCCUUAAUCUUUAUUACUUUCCCAACCUCUAAGGUCGGGACUUAGUGCAAUGGCAAGUGCUUUCCACCAAAAGUGACAGGUCAUGGUUCAAGUGUGGCAAUUGCCUCUAAAAAAAAUAGGAAAUUGGAUUUAAGGCUUCCUACCAAUCAUCUCUCCUAGACUCAGCAAAAGUAGGAGUUUUUUGCUCUAAGUCUGACCUUUUACUUUCAUGACUUUGCAGAUAAUUUUGUGAGUGCUUGUAUGAGAAAAAUAGCUUUCGAAUCCAUUGGCACCAUGCUAUGAAUCUUGGCUUCCAGUGGGGAAUUUGGCAUUCAAUAACUUCACCUUGAGUGUGCUUGAAUGCUAGAUUUUGAAAAGGGCAAGCCAUGGAAGAUCCUUAUUCUGUCAGUAGUCCCAGAAGAAUUCUCAGUCUGUCAAAGAAGAGAAGGGCAACUGUCUCCUUUUUGGAUGCAGAUGAGAGGACUUCUGGGUUUGGAGUGUCUGGAGAGCAUGGUCCCAAGCCAUCAGAAGUCUAUGGGUUUGUUGGUUCCAUAACAACUGUCAUCGCUGCAGUUAUUUUCUUGGUAUGGGCAUAUGUUCCAGAGGAUUGGCUACAUUCCAUUGGAAUUUCCUACUAUCCCAGCAGGCAUUGGGCAUUGACAGUGCCAGCUUAUUUUAUGGUGACUGUAGUAUUAGCAUUGGGAUUUUACAUUGGCCUUAACUUCAUGUCGACUCCUUCCCCAACUUCCUUAAACAUAAUUUUUGAUGAAUUCAGUAGAGAACCAUUGAGCUCUGUUCCUUCAGUGGAUGGUGAUGAGCAGCCCAUUGAGUCCAUAUCCGAUAUUGGCAUCAAUAAAAUUAAUUAUCUCAUGUUUAAUAAUGUAAAUUGACAAUCCGCAUUAAGGUAUGACUGUCCUGCACCUACAUUACAUAAUGUUAUUGAAUAGAAUAGAUUGCCAUGAGACUUGACUUGUAACUCAACUGGUUAGCACCUCCGGGUGUUUUCACUGGAAACAUCUAGGGUUCAAAUCCCCUCUCCCGUUGUAAUAUUGAAUCAUUAAAAAAAAAAAUUAUUGAAUAGCAUAGAUUAUUGUGAUUUUAUUCUA